UGGGGCUGGGAGAGAGGGACAGAGCUGCUCCAACAAGAGGGCUGAGUCACAGCAUCACGUGGGAUUCCAGAAACAGCACAUAAAAGGGUCCAAAUUUCAUACAUUUCGGACAGAAGACAGAGUGAGCUGCCAGAGAAUCCGAUAGGCAGAAAUGGAAACCAGCACAGAGAUCACAACAGGAACCAUCAACCACACACACAGCAUGCCGUCUGACCUAUCAGAAGCCCUGAAGCUGGCCACAAAGGAUUCGCACGAGCUGGCCGAGAACUCGGAGUUCAUGAGAAACUUCCAGAAGGGUCAAGUCACCCGGGAUCAGUUCAAGCUUUUACUGGACUCUCUGUACUUCAUCUACUCGGCCCUGGAAGAGGAGAUCGAGAGGAACAAGGAUCAUCCGGCCUUCGCCCCUCUCUACUUCCCCUCAGAGCUCCACCGGAAGGAAGCCUUGGAGCAGGAUCUGGAAUAUUUCCAUGGGCCGGGCUGGCGGAGCCGCAUUGAGUGCCCAAGGGCCACGGGAAAGUACGUAUCACGGAUCCAGCAGGUUGGGCGUCAGGAGCCUGAGCUGCUGGUGGCCCACUCCUACAUCAGGUACUUGGGGGACCUGUCAGGGGGGCAGGUGCUGAAGAAGGUGGCCCAGAAGGCAUUGCAGUUGCCAAGCACAGGCGAAGGGGUCGCCUUCUUCACCUUUGACUGGAUCACUAAUGCCACCAAGUUCAAACAGCUGUACCGCUCCCGCAUGAACACCCUGGACACCGGGAAAGGGAUAAAAGAAAAGAUCCUGGAAGAGGCAAACCGGGCCUUCCAGCUCAACGUGGAGGUUUUUGCUGAGCUGCAGCAACUGAGAACUCAGAACCAGAAGCCCGGAAUCAGCAUGCCGUCUGACCUAUCAGAAGCCCUGAAGCUGGCCACAAAGGACUCGCACGAAUUGGCCGAGAAUUCGGAGUUCAUGAGAAACUUCCAGAAGGGUCAAGUCACCCGGGAUCAGUUCAAGCUUUUACUGGACUCUCUGUACUUCAUCUACUCGGCCCUGGAAGAGGAGAUCGAGAGGAACAAGGAUCAUCCGGCCUUCGCCCCUCUCUACUUCCCCUCAGAGCUCCACCGGAAGGAAGCCUUGGAGCAGGAUCUGGAAUAUUUCCAUGGGCCAGGCUGGCGGAGCCGCAUUGAGUGCCCAAGGGCCACGGGAAAGUACGUAUCACGGAUCCAGCAGGUUGGGCGUCAGGAGCCUGAGCUGCUGGUGGCCCACUCCUACAUCAGGUACUUGGGGGACCUGUCAGGGGGGCAGGUGCUGAAGAAGGUAGCACAGAAGGCAUUGCAGUUGCCAAGCACAGGCGAAGGGGUCGCCUUCUUCACCUUUGACCGGAUCACUAAUGCCACCAAGUUCAAGCAGCUGUACCGCUCCCGCAUGAACACUCUGGACACCGGGAAAGGGAUAAAAGAAAAGAUCCUGGAAGAGGCAAACCGGGCCUUCCAGCUCAACGUGGAGGUUUUCCGUGAACUCCAGGAUUUGUGCUCCAGAUCGGAGAGAAACGGUACCGUGUACAGCAACGACACAGAGACCAGGAGACGCACUGUCGCUCAGGGACCAACAACACCUACAGGAGCCAAUCAGUAUCUGCCACAGCCGUCCGAUGAUUCGCUGAUGCACAGCCAAGGCCUGAGAAUUGUUGUGUUGAUUGGUUUAGCUGCGGUGUCCCUUGCUGUUGCAUGUUACCAGUAUGUAUUGUGAGAACUUCAGCAGCAAGACACUCUUUCCUCCACGUCCAUGUUGUCGUACUAACUGAAUUUGGCCAGUUUUCAGCCCCCACCUCAGUUCAUAGAUUUCUUGCCUCAGGUCUGGAAUGGUGUGGCUCAAGUCCCACUCUUCAUGACCCUCCAGCAUGGUACUGACGGGGUGCAGCACUGUCGGAGGUGCCAGCUUCUGUUUGAAGUGUUAUACCGAGGUCCCACCUCCAGAUGAACUAUUCUGAAGAGGCGCUGGGGAGUUCUCUCUGGUGUCCUGGCCAAUAAUUAUCCCUGAACCAAAGUCAUGCAAGAACAAGCAGAUUGACUGCUCAUUGUCACUUUCUUGUGGGAGCAUGUUGUAUGCAAAGUGACUGCCUUGUUUCCUGCAAGUAAUGACUUUUCGAGAAUUACCUGAUUGAUUGAUUGUGAAGCAAUUCUGGCUGUCCUCGGGUAGUGAAAGCCACUAUAUAGAUGCAGAAUCCCUCCCUAAAGCUGCAUGAGGUCCAUGCGGUGAGUUCACUCUGGCCCAGUGUGGGGCGGGAAUAAUCACCAGUUGCCCAACUCCCAUCAGCCCCUCUGUCAGGGUCAAAGGGGAAACGAGAUUCUAGAGGGCAAGGGGAAUGUGUCCCUGUUCCACAGAGGGCUCAGUGCUUGCUGUUUUUCCCUGUUGCGAUUCAAAUUACGAAAAAAAAAUUUGCCAAGGGGAAGGCAAUAUGGGAACAGGAAGGGGCUUUUCAGCCCCUGGAGCAUGCUCUGCUCAUAGAAUCCCUACAGUGUGGAAGCAGGCUACUCGGCCCAUCCACUCUGCACCGACACUCUGAAGAGCAUCCCACCCUUCCACCCUAUCCCAGUAACUCUGCAUUCCCCAUGGCUUAUCCACCUAACCCACACAUUCCUGGACACCAUGGGCAACUCAACUACUUGCACAUCUUUGGACUGUGGGAGGAAACUGGAGCGCCCAGAGGAAACCCACGCAGACACAGGGAGAACGUGCAAACUCCAUACAGACAGUCGCCCGAACGUGGAAAUGAACCUGGGUCUCUGGCGCUGUGAGGCAGCAGUGCUAACCACUGAGUCACCAUGCUGUCUGUUCAACUCCAUCAUGGCUGCCCUUAAAUUUCAACUGCCUUAGCCCCACAUCCCUUAAUAAUCCAACCAAGCAAAAGACUGGAAACUGACUCCAGGGCCUGGGUCAGCAUUUAUCACGUAUUAAUGUCUUUGAGAAGGUGGUGGUUUGUUUUGUUUUGUUUUGGAGCUACUACAGUCCAUCCACUGUAAAUACACUGAACUAGGAAGGGAGUCCUUAAUCUAGGCACACCCUUCAGUAAAGAUGUACUUUCUCUUUGUCUAACUUACUGUGUCUUUUUUCAAACUUCACUGAUCGCACUUUCAACCAUCUAAACUCAGGAGCACAUACAUUAAACCUAUGCAGGCCAACUUCAUAAUUUACCCAUUUCAGCUUUUCCACCACCAACAAAUAAUCUCGUUCUAGUGAAUCAGUGCCUGCUGGCAGGUCACCCCUCUUCGGGUAAAAUGCAGGAUUGGUGCAUCUGCAGUUUUUGGGACUAUGACCAGGCUUUUGAUCACCUAUCCCAUCCACAUGACCAGCAGUGAGGCCUUCAAAUGUGGGAAGUUCCAGUUCGUGGAAUUUUUGUUCACUCGCUUCUGCUUAUCACUGAAGAAAAAACAGCCAUGUUUGAUAUGAUCAUGUGAGUGGAAUCAUGCUGUGCUUAAACAUCCUUCCAUCACAACGAUGACUGUGCUUCAGAUAUGUUUCAUUGCUUGGACAGCCCUAUGGGAUGUCUGAUUCAAAGGUGUGAUAAAGAUGCGAUUUCUUUCUAUUUUUGUUAGUUUCUGUAUAUACACAUAUGAAUAUAUAUUUGUACAAAUUGUUUCCAACCUAUCUCUAACUGGACAAGUGCAUUUGAAUUAAAACUGAUAGUGAUUUCA